AAAAUUACACAGCAAAUUUUAAAAACGAAAAAAAGCUCCGUAGAAAUCUGGGUGCCUCUGGUCUACAACAACAGCAGUGUUGAAUCUGUUAGACUUGCUCGAUUCAGCUCUUCCUUCCUGUUGAAAUUUCGAUUGGUUCUCGCUUAUCCUACACUCCCUUCGCUCGAAAUGGAACCGUCCUUCGUCUCCAGGGCUCGGACGGCCCUCCAUUCCGCUGCAGCUAAAGCGGAGAAAGUCUUUACGGAUAUUAAAAAAUCUGAUCCCGCCAUUGAUCCAGUUAAUGCUGAACAUUUUAAAAUUCAAGUUGGAGAUGAUUCUGAUCAGCAGUUGCCGGAGACAUCAACGCCUGGAAUCGUGGGUAAUAAGGACGGGCCUAAGGGUAGUAAUGAAGGGAAGAGUUUGAGGUGGAAACCACCACAAAUAAAGGCAAAGCAGGACUGGCAAGAUAGGCUUAAGAGCAUAAGAAUAGGGAAACGAGGAGCAGAAGAUACCGAGGAUUCAACUAUGGCAUAUGCAAUUUUUGAUGAAAAUUUAUACUUGAUGAGGGAUAGAGAAUUUCCUGAGCAGGAGGACACCAAAUCAGGUUCCUUGUUGGAAGAUCCAAACUUUUUGGAUGCAGGUGUUAUUCCUCCAUCUGUUGUCCUGAAGCAAUUAGCUGUCGCUAUUGAGUCUGGAAAGAAGUACAACUCAAUGAAAGACCUCCUGGCUUCAUCAAGAGGUUCUUCACCUAUAAGGGAGAAAGCUAGCUUGAGCUUCUCUGCUGUGAAGUCACUAGUGCUACGUGAAAAAGAUGCUAGUGAGUUGGGCAGUGAUGAUAAAGGUCUGUGCCUAAUCACUUCACUGCUAGAUGCAGAAGGACAUUCCCCUGAGAGUAGGGUGGAGAAUGGUUCAGAAACAUCUACAAACUCCACAUCUUUACCUAAAGAUAUCCAUGGUGCUCCUCCUGAAUGCUUUAUUAUCAAGCUUGGUAAAGUGAUUGGAAGUUUGAAAACAUUGCAGAGAAUGGCAUUGUUUUGGAGCAAAAUUGUUGCUGAACUGAGAAGGCUUUGGUCUGAGGGGCAGUAUAUCCCUGGCAUUCCACCUGAUGAGAUUCCCGAUCUAAAUUCCUGCCUUUUGUAUCAGCAGUUACAGGUGAUUAACUGUUGUGUUUCCAGAAAAAGGCGCAAUAUUCUUGCCACUGAACAAUUGGAUUCUGUUGAGAGGCUAGCUAAUUCAAAUCUCAAAAUCUCUGAUUUGGACACUUCUCCUGGAAGUCGUGUAUUGUAUGCUAAACUUACCACAGGGGAACUAGUUCUUCGUUUAGGAGUUAACAAACUAUCUGAUUUACAAAUGUUGGAAACAGGCGAACCUAUAUAUACCGCAGUGAUACAGGAAGCACCUUUGUUGACAGAAGACAUUAUCAAAGAAACGGAGGAGUUUGUCCUACGGACAGGGAGUGUUGGUGCUGGGUGUUCUCAACUCCUAUCCGAUAUGCAGGCUUUCAAGGCGGCAAACCCUGGUUGUAUAUUAGAGGAUUUUGUGAGAUGGCAUUCUCCCCCAGACUGGAUGGAAAAUGAGAGUAGUGAGUCUAAUGUAACACUUAAAAGAAGUGAUUCAUCUGUGAGAGGCCAACUGAGUACUCGGAUGCAGAAAGAAGGUAAUUUGUGGCGUGAAUUGUGGGAAACCUCAAAACCAAUACCAGCUGUCAGACAAACCCCCCUCUAUGAUGAGGAUUUGGCUGUGGAAGGUAUUCUGGACGCCUUAGAAGAUAUCUCGCCAUCCAUGCUAUUUGAACAACUAUUUAUAUCCCUUAUCGGUUCAGGAUUUGUGAUUGCUGAGUCAACCCUCUCCCCCAAUUCCAGCUUGUUGCGGCUGUUUUAUGAGUGCAAAGAUUACAUAGUUUUAACAUGCCAAAACAGCACAUGGGUUAAGAGAGUUGAUGACAUAUGUCAGGUGUAUGAAACGGUGGAGACGAUGGUAGUUAGCCCGGAUGGAGUUGGUAAAAUCACAGUUCAGCAUGAAGAGAACACUCCUGUGAGUGAACUGAAAAGCCGGUUCAAGAGACUAGGGUCAUCGGUGUUUGGCAGGGAUAAGAAUGCAGGAAAAGGAUCCCCAACAAACUCAGAGGAGAACCUUAUAAAGCAAUCAAUCUCAUCCAUAUUUUCAAAGAAGCCACCUAAACACAGCAGCACAAUUUCGGGCGAUAAUAAGUUUUCCAGUUCUGUCGAUAAUGACUGGACUAUUGUAUAACACCCUUCUCAUCCAAAGGUGCAACUGUAAAUUUAUUUGUGUGAACAGUGAACUAUGAACCAGUAAAAGCAAUACCAAAAUCAUAUGAUUCAAAAACUUGCCUUCAA